UACUUGCUCUUACAACUCUAAAAAAUUUACACAUAACCAUCUGUUCCCACACACAUUUACAGCUCUGACCUUUUGGUCCGCAGUUGAUGUGGUUGCUCCUCUACUCGUACUGUUGUGAAUCAUGCAGAAAUCGUCAGCUCAAAAUCUCGUAAAACUGUCAUCACUACCACUAAUUCUUGUUCUCAUCUUCUGUUGUUUGGUUAUGAUGGUUUCAGCUAGAGGCUCUCAUGUGACUAAUCCUGGUAUUGAGUCUGAUGACGAUGCUAUGAAGCAAGAUGAAACAUCAUUGAGGAAACGAUUAGAGCCAUUGCAUCGCGAUACAGAAUACAGACUAGUAACAGCAUCUCAGGAGCUGGAAAUGGAAUUAGCAGCUAUUAAGUCUAACAAGACGUGGUUAUGGUCGCAACAGCAACAGCCUUUUCAGCUGUGUCUGGCUUGCAAGUGUUGUGUGUCCGCGGCAGAGGCAGAGGCAGAGGCAGAGACAGAGCCCAGCAACUGUACAAGUUUGCCUUGUUGCUUUGUUAUAGACUGUCAACUUCCUAAUAAGCCUUACGGAGUUUGUGCUUUUGUACCUAAGACUUGUAAUUGUACCUCUUGUGCUACUCCUCUGCUCUAAGCCUAAACUAGACGUAUUUGAAAUUUAUGAAUUUCUUCGACCAUCUCAAGUUGAUUGUGA